AUGGCGCUCUCUGUGACUGCGCGAGCUGCAGGUCGCCAUCUCUCGCGGCCAUUGCGUUUUCGUGGCAUUGCAGCACUGCGAACAACGACAUCACAAGUUUCGUCCUUUUCGACAUUGAACAAUUGUCUGCGAACGCCACCGCAGCAGCCUACCCCUUCAACUCGGCGCGCGGUUUCUACCAGUUCUCUGGACGACCAUGGAGACCCCAACCCGCGCGACCUGUUUCAACCUCUCGACACGUUUCCCCGUCGUCACAUUGGACCCUCGCCAGAUGCGGCCAAGGAGAUGCUGGCGGCUCUUGAUCCGCCAGCAGCUUCGCUAGACGAGUUUGUCAAGCAGGUUCUUCCGGCCGAUAUUCUUUCGAAAAAGGAUCUCUCCGUGACUUCUCCGCGGGCCGCGCCACAGCUAUACCGGGACCCUAUUGACGGCGGACUUGGUGAGAAUGAUAUGCUGAAGCUCCUCGACGAGUACCGACAGAAGAUCAGCAACGCCGGCAAGUCGUACAUUGGUGCCGGCUACUAUCCGACCAUCGUGCCUCCGGUGAUUCUCAGAAACAUCCUCGAAAACCCGGCGUGGUAUACGAGCUACACUCCGUAUCAGGCCGAGAUCAGUCAGGGCCGUUUGGAGUCCCUGCUGAAUUUCCAGACUUUGACUGCCGAUCUUACCGGCUUGCCUGUCGCCAAUGCCUCGGUGCUCGAUGAAGCCACUGCCGCUGCCGAAGCCAUGACCAUGUCUCUGGCCACUCUUCCUACGUCCAGACAAAAGAAAGCUGGAAAGUCGUUUCUCAUUUCUAACCUCUGCCAUGAACAGACUAUUGCUGUUAUGCGCUCUCGCGCCGAAGGGUUUGGAAUCAACUUGGUUGUUGGUGAUGUCACCGCCGACGAUUUCAAGCUGGUCAAGGAACAGGGCGACAACCUAAUCGGUGUUCUUGCUCAAUAUCCCGAUACUCAGGGCGGUAUUCUCGAUUUUAGCGCGUUGGGAGAGGAAAUUCACAAACUCGGCGGCACAUUCGCCGUCGCCACGGAUCUUCUAGCGUUGACGGUUCUAAAAGCCCCCGGCGAAUUCGGCGCCGAUAUUGCAUUCGGAAGCGCUCAGCGCUUCGGUGUGCCGAUGGGCUUUGGUGGCCCUCAUGCCGCUUUCUUUGCUUGCACAAACAAGCACCAGCGCAAGAUCCCCGGCCGUCUUGUGGGUGUUUCGAAGGAUCGGCUGGGUAACCGUGCCCUCAGACUGGCAUUGCAGACACGAGAGCAACACAUUCGUCGUGAAAAGGCAACCAGCAACAUUUGCACAGCUCAGGCACUUCUCGCGAAUAUGAGUGCCAUGUAUGCUGUUUACCACGGUCCUCAGGGCCUCAAGGUCAUUGCUCAACGUAUCAUGGCCAUGACCGCUCUGCUCCGUGAGAAGAUACAAGAGUUGGGCUUUAAUGUUCCUGUGCGCAGCAACACUUCUGACCAAGGAAUUUUGUUUGAUACUGUCACUGUUGAGCUACCAGACAGCAGCGCGGCCGAGGCUCUUUUGGCAUCAGCAAAGUCAUCGAAAAUCUUCUUCCGACUAGUCGACUCGAAUAAGGUUGCUCUGUCUCUGGAUGAAACAGUUGGCAGGGAUGAGCUUCAUUCGAUCCUGCAAGUUUUUGCUUCUCAAUCUUCCAAGGGCGAUGUCUCGGUCAACACUGCUAUUUCUCCUGUCAGCAUCCCAGCAUCGCUGGAGCGUACGUCUUCUUACCUUACGCACCCUGUUUUCAACUCGUACCACUCGGAGACUGGUAUGCUGCGAUACAUUUACCACUUGCAAUCGAAAGACUUGUCGCUAGUUCACUCGAUGAUUCCUCUUGGAUCUUGCACCAUGAAGCUCAAUGCCACCUCGGAAAUGAUCCCCGUUUCUUGGCCCGAGUUUUCGCAGAUCCACCCUUUUAUGCCAGCAGACACUGUUGAGGGAUAUACCCAGCUUAUCAGUGAUACCGAACAACAGCUUGCCGAUAUCACUGGCAUGGCCGAAGUUACCGUUCAACCAAACUCUGGUGCGCAGGGAGAGUUUGCCGGUUUGCGAGUGAUCAAGAAGUACCAGGAGUCUGUAUCUGGAGGAAACAGGAAUAUCUGCCUGAUUCCUGUCUCGGCACACGGAACUAACCCUGCCAGUGCCGCCAUGGCUGGUAUGAAAGUCGUACCUAUCAAGUGUGACACCAAGACGGGUAAUCUCGAUAUCGAAGAUCUCCGAGUCAAGUGUGAAAAGCACAAGGAUGAACUGGCAGCCAUCAUGGUUACAUACCCAAGUACAUAUGGUGUCUUUGAGCCUGGUGUCAAGGAGGUCUGCAACAUUGUCCACAAACAUGGCGGCCAGGUCUACAUGGACGGUGCCAACAUGAACGCCCAGAUCGGACUGUGCUCACCGGGAGAGAUCGGUGCUGAUGUUUGCCAUCUGAACCUUCACAAGACCUUUUGUAUCCCUCACGGUGGAGGCGGUCCGGGCGUGGGCCCCAUUGGUGUUGCCGAACAUCUGCGUCCAUUCCUUCCAUCGCACCCUUCGAGUGAGGCUCUGCAGGCCCGGCGAUCCGAGUCGGCAUCUCCUCCCAUCAGCGCAGCACCAUGGGGAAGCGCCAGUCUCCUUCCGAUCACAUUCAACUACAUCAACAUGAUGGGAUCUGCCGGUCUCACGCACUCUACCAAGAUCACUUUGCUUAAUGCCAACUACAUUCUUGCUCGUCUCAAGAACCACUACCCGAUUCUGUACACCAACGACAACGGCCGGUGCGCCCACGAGUUCAUUCUAGACGCCCGUCACUUCAAGGAGACUUGCGGCAUCGAAGCCAUUGACAUUGCCAAGCGGUUGCAAGACUACGGCUUCCACGCACCAACAAUGUCAUGGCCCGUUUCCAACACUCUCAUGAUCGAACCCACCGAGUCCGAGAACAAGGCCGAACUCGACCGAUUCUGUGACGCCCUUAUUUCCAUUCGUCAGGAGAUCGCAGCAGUUGAAAGCGGCGAGCAGCCGCGCGAAGGCAAUGUUUUGAAGAACUCUCCUCACACCCAGCGUGACCUGUUGGCUACUGAAUGGAACCGGUCAUAUACGCGCGAGAAGGCGGCCUACCCUCUGCCGUAUCUGGAGGAGAAGAAGUUCUGGCCCUCGGUGACCCGAGUUGACGAUGCUUUUGGUGAUCAGAAUCUUUUCUGUACGUGUGGACCGGUUGAGGACACCACGUAA